AUGUCCCCCUCUGCAUCACCGACGACUUGGCUUGUCUCCGGAACCUCUCGCGGGAUCGGGUUUGAAAUCGUUAAGCAGCUGCUCGAAUCCCCGAACAACCUCGUCCUCGCGGGAUGUCGCACCCCGGAGAAGGCGACUGCGCUGCACGGGCUUAAGGACGGUGCAAAGGGGACUCUUCACGUCAUUCAACUGGAUGUCGCCAACGUCGACAGCGUGAGGGCCGUUCCGAAAGCUAUCGCGCCGAUCCUAGGCGAAAGCGGUCUUGACCAUCUCAUCAACAAUGCAGGAAUGGGCAAGGAGGACACUCCUCUCACGCUAGAUCCGGACGUAUUCAUCGAGACUGUGUGGACCAACACGCUCGGGCCCGCGCUCCUCACGCAGGCCUGCAUUUCCUUCCUCGACAAGGGGAAGGAGAAGAAGGUCAUCAAUAUUUCAAGUACACUCGGUAGCGUCGCCAGUGCACACCAAUUCGACCACCUUGGCCCCGGCGGCGCGGCCUCGUACUCCAUCAGCAAGGCGGCCUUGAACAUGUUUACGUACAAGCUAAAGCUGGAACGGCCUGACCUGACCGCUAUCACGAUGUGCCCUGGUUGGGUCAAAACGGACAUGGGCACGCAGGCCGCAGACCUGGAGCCCGCGGAGAGCGUCGCGAGCAUCCUCAAAGUGAUCACUUCCGUGACCGCGGCGGAUAGUGGCAAGUACCUGAGCCACAAAGGGACGGUCAUCCCAUGGUGA